AUGGCUUCUUCCAAUUUUAUAUGCAGUCACCAAAUCUACAGUUCCUGCAAUGGCAAAACCCACUUCAAUUCUUUCAAGAAAGCUAGUUUUUCGAUACCUUCUUCGUACAAAUUUCAACACGCUUCUUGUUUUGAAAGAGGGUUCCGAUAUUCAAGAAUCAGAGCGACGGCUUCUGAUUCAAAAACUGGCAAAAAACAAGUGGAGGUAGUGUAUGAUCUCGAGGACAAGUUCAGCAAAUUAGCCGAUGAAGUGGAUAAGAAUUCUGGGAUGUCAAGACUCACUCUUUUUUCUCCUUGCAAGAUUAAUGUAUUCUUGAGAAUAACAGGCAAGAGGGAAGACGGAUAUCAUGAUUUGGCGUCACUCUUUCAUGUAAUUAGUCUAGGAGAUAAAAUAAAGUUCUCUUUAUCCCCGUCAAAAUCGAGCGAUCGUUUAUCAACGAAUGUUCCUGGAGUUCCCCUUGAUGAUCGAAAUCUGAUAAUAAAAGCCCUCAAUCUUUUUAGGAAAAAGACAGGGACUGACAACUACUUUUGGAUUCAUCUUGACAAGAAGGUGCCAACUGGGGCAGGGCUUGGUGGUGGUAGUAGUAAUGCCGCCACAGCUUUGUGGGCAGCAAAUCAGUUUAGCGGCGGUGUUGCCACUGAAAAGGAACUCCAAGAAUGGUCAGGCGAAAUUGGUUCGGAUAUCCCAUUCUUUUUUUCUCACGGAGCGGCCUACUGUACGGGUCGAGGUGAGAUUGUUGAAGACAUUCUGAAGCCUCUACCCUUCGACGUUCCAUUGGUUCUCAUAAAGCCUCAAGAGGCAUGUUCCACAGCUGAAGUAUACAAGCGUCUUACCUUGGAUCGAACAAGCACAGUGGAUCCUUUGACCCUGCUAGAGAAGAUAUCAAGAAGCGGAAUAUCUCAAGAUGUUUGCAUCAAUGAUCUAGAACCUCCUGCUUUUGAAGUACUUCCUUCACUAAAAAGAUUAAAACAGCGCUUAAUAGCCGCAGGUCGAGGACAAUAUGACUCCGUUUUCAUGUCUGGGAGCGGAAGCACUAUAGUCGGGGUGGGUUCUCCAGACCCCCCUCAAUUUAUCUAUGAUGAUGACGAGUAUAAAGACGUGUUCUUAUCAGAAGCCAGCUUCAUCACUCGUGCAGAAAAUCAAUGGUAUACGGAAGUUUCUAUGGAUGCUGCUUCAUCGCCAAUGGAAUUUUCAAUUGUAGUUUCUAUGGAUGCUGCUUCAUCGCCAAUGGAGUUUUCAGUAUAG